AUGACCAAAAUGAUCACUAUCAACACCUUAGCUGUCGUAGCUAUGAUUGCUGUGAACAAGGCCAAUGCGUCUUACGUACGCAGACUUACUGACGACGACAGUGAAUCUUUGGACUUCGACUCCUCCGGCGACGACAGUGCAUCGUUCUUGGAAGAACUCUUUACCAGUGAAGCGGGAGACACCGUCUCGAAGUUCGGUCAAUGCGGAGGCAUCGGCUACGUUGGCAACUCGCAGUGUGCUCAAGGCUAUGUCUGCGUGUUAUCGAACCCGUGGUAUGCGCAGUGCCUGCCCAAAGGCUCGCAGACUUCAGUCCAGACCAAGAAACACAGGCACCGCUCCAAACUGCACACCGCAGAUGCUGAUCUCUUGGUAGAUGACCUUACCGCUGACGUUGAAGUUAUUCCAGCCUGGGAGCAAUGCGGAGGCAAGGGAGUCGACUUUGACUUCACCAAGGACGACUUGGACGACAACGAGACGCCCAAGAAACCUUGCGAAGAAGGCUAUUCCUGUGAAAUCAUUAACGAGUGGUACUAUCAGUGCAAACCACUCGAUAAUCCCAGCGGUGUUCAUCUCUGGGACCAGUGUGGCGGCGAAGACUACACAGGUCCGGAGGAAUGCACUGCUGGAUCUGUGUGCAAGUUCUUCAACUCCUGGUACUCUCAGUGUGUCCCCAAGGAACAAGAGUUCUCUGACUUGUCCAGCAUCGCUCGUAUCUUUUGCGAAACUUCUCUGCUCCUUGACGAGGACAAAACGUUCGAGUAUCGAUGGGCUGCCAUCGCUGAAAAAUGUGUUGCCACGGAUCUGGCAGAUAUCCCGUCGUCGUACAUCGCUCCGGGCGGCAAUUUCUGGGUCGCAACUAUCGAUUCAGCCUCCAACCAUAGCGACGAUGAGGUUGUUGGCAUGGUAGCUCUACAGCGAGUGUCAGAAACAGAGGGAGAAGUGAAGCGCGUGUCAGUGGAUACCAAUCACCACCGAAAGGGAAUCGGUCGAAAGCUCAUGAAUCAGGUGGAGAGCUGGGCUGUUGCCAAUGCUAUCAAGACGCUGAGUCUGUCUACAGGAGUCAAGAGCAAGAAAUCUAUAGCUUUCUACGUCUCACUUGGCUACGAGUUGCAGCCCUGCAGUGCUUACCCCACGUUGUUCAAGGACCCUCCCUACUUCGAGCUGUGCACGCUGAUCAAGAAAUUCUGA